UGUGUGUGGAUUAUUUUUCAGGAAUGGAGGAUAUUUAGGAGGAAGGUUAUGACUUGACUUUUGACUUAACACCAGGAUUUAAUUUUGAGUUCUUCUUGAGACGUUUCUUCAGCAGACAUGGCUUCCCUUGGGCAGAUCAUUUUCUACAGUAUGGUUACCCUCAUCAUUUUAUUCACGGCUGUCAUCAUCCUCAUUUUAGCCCUGGCCUUGACAGUUGGGUCUACGGAGGUUCUGAGCAAAGACAAGAUGGCCAUAGCUAACCUCGGGGAAGAUGCCCUCCUCAGCUGCUAUCUGGACUCAGACAGUCAGAACGCCCGGCUGAAGGGUGUGUCAGUGAGCUGGCAGAAGACGGGGGUGACGGGACUUGUGUACCAGUAUGAGGACGGAGCUCCAAAACUCAGUGACCAGAACUCCCAGUUUAAAGGGAGGACUCAACUCUUCCCCGAUGCUUUACUCUCGGGGAACGCCUCCCUGCUGCUGAGGAGGGUGAGAGGCAGUGACGCGGGGGAGUACUCCUGCAGCAUCAGCUCCUCUGCGGGAGGGGGGAAGGUCGACAUCAACCUGAGAACCGGAGCAUUUUCAGCCCCCUCAUUUAAAUUCUCAAACGGCGUCCUGACUGCUGUGGCGAGCAGGUGGCUCCCUAAACCCACGGUGACGUGGUCUAACAAUGACGGACAGGUCCUGAGUGGAAUCACAAACUUCGAAGAAAACUCUGCAGGGAUUUUUAGCUUAGUCAGCGCACUGCAGCCAGUCAACGUCAGCCAGACCUACACCUGCAGCAUCCAGAACGACCUGGUGACCGCCGUCUCUACUGCUACAGAUUCUGAUGUUUCAGGGAACACAUACUUUAUCUACAGCGCAGCAUCAAUCCCAUUUGCUUCAACUUAUCUGAGCAUUAUGACCACUGUCCUCUGCAUGUAUUCUAUAACCUAAAUACACACACACACAGACACACACACACACACACACACACACACACACACACACACACACACA